AUGAGUGAACCUACGGUUAAGGCACGUCUGGCCCUCAUUAAGGGCCUCGUCUACAGCUAUGAUGCGCUAACUCUGCCCGUCUAUACGUUGGCCCAAAGGCCGUGGCGUCGCCGUCGGGCCAAUAGACGUCGCAAAGCCCGGCCCCUGGACUCGACCACAGCGUACAGCGCGUGGGUUCGCGAUGCGGAGCACAGGGUGUCGGACACCCACUUCACGGCCACCAGCGAGACAGUGGCCGAGCUAUUCGAGCGUUCCGUUCGCCAAUACGGCAGCAAAGAAUGUGUGGGCUAUCGGCCGGUGUUGGCCGAGGAGGACGAGCGCCAACCGGACGGCAAAGUGUUUCGCCGGCGACUACUCGACGACUACCGCUAUCUGUCGUACAACGAAGUGGACGCUAUGGUAGACGUGGCGGCCAAAGGACUGCUGGCGCUCGGCGUCCGACCCAAAGAUCUGGUGGUGAUCUACGCGGAGACGCGUUACGAGUGGAUGGUCUGCGCUCAGGCCCUGUGGCGAGUGGGCGCUACCGUCACCGCGCUUUACGCCACUCUCACCGACGACGCCGUUGUUCACGGCAUCAACGAGACAGAGGCCACGCAUCUCAUCACCAGCUCCUACCUUCUGGAGCGAGUGAGUCGAGUGGCCGAUCGUAUACCAGCCGUACGGUGUGUGGUCUACAUGGAGGGCGCGCGUGAGCCACCACUGGAGCGCCUCUUUACCGACGAGCGCCGCAAUCACAUACGAUUCGAGACCUAUACGGGUCUGUUGGCUAUGGGCGCCGAUCAUCAGCAUCUGAUGGGCGAACAGCCGCUGGCGGACGACACGGCUGUCGUGAUGUACACGAGUGGGUCGACGGGUGCGCCAAAAGGUGUGAUCAUCAGCCAUCGAAAUAUACUGCACGGCAUACGAGCCUACUAUCCGGUCGCUCAGACAUUCACGCGCCGGGAUGUCUACCUCGCGUACUUACCGCUGGCCCACGUGUUUGAGCUGAUGUGCGAACUACUGGUGACGUCUUUCGGGCUGACCAUCGGUUACGGUUCGCCCUUCACUUUGACCGACCAAAGCACUGGCCUGAAGAGGGGCUGUCGGGGCGACGCCCCUCUACUGCGCCCGACAUUCAUCUGUUCGGUGCCGUUGGUGUUGGACGGCAUACGGAAGGCGGUGUGCGAACAGGUGGCCGGAAAGGGUGCCUUCGCCCGCGCUUUCUUUGACUUUGUCAUCGAUUACAAGAGCUAUUGGACGGGAAAGGGUUACGAGACGCCACUCUUGGAUCGGCUGGUGUUCAGUAAGAUUGCGGGCAUUUUGGGCGGUCGGGUGCGACUCAUUAGCUGCGGCGGAGCGCCGUUGGCCGCCGAGACUCACGACUUUAUCCGCACGUGUCUCAGCGUUUCGCUACUCCAGGGCUACGGCAUGACAGAGACGGUGGCCUCCGGAGCCGCGAUGGACUUCGGCGACCUCAGCACCGGUCGCAUCGGUUCCCCAUUGAACGGCGUACAGAUCCGACUUGUCGAUUGGCCAGACGGUCACUACCGGGCCAUCGAUCAGCCCAGACCUCGAGGAGAGAUACUGAUUGGCGGCGGAUGUGUUUGCGAAGGCUAUUAUAGACAGCCGGAACUGACUGCCGGUGCCUUUGAGAUGAAGGAUGGCGUUCGUUGGUUCCGUACGGGCGAUAUCGGAGAGAUCAGUGCCGACGGCUCCGUCCGUAUCGUUGACCGCAAGAAGGAUUUGGUAAAACUCCAGUCGGGAGAGUACGUGGCUUUGGGUCGCACAGAGUCAGAGCUCAAGUCGUGUCCCUUUGUGGACAACGUGUGCGCGUACGCCGACUCCCGGCAUCGCUAUAUAAUCGCUCUGAUUGUGGCCAAUGAGAAACGAGUAAUCAAUUUGGCCGACACUCUGGGCGUUGGGAGGGAUAGAGACGAGUCGUUGUCGUUAAGGGAACUGUGCGCCGACCCCCACAUUAUAGAUCACGUGACCCGUACUGUACAGGACUGGUGCCGACAGUGCGGUCUUGGCAAGAGUCAGAUACCGGUCCGAGUAGUGCUCUGCGCCGAGCAAUGGCUGCCCGACACCGGACUCGUGACGGCGGCGCUAAAGUUGCAGCGCCGGGCCAUUCAAGACUUUUACCGACAGGAAAUUACACGCGCUUAUUGUAUGCCACAAACUAAUGGCAUUUAA